AUGGCCAACAAUCAUUGGAAUUCAACAAUGCUUAUGAAAAAUCACCAUAAGAGCCAUUUGGCUUCUGCACCUGUCAAUUAUACUUCAACUUCUCAGCCGUUGUUCAAGAGUAAUAUACACAUGAGAAAUUCUUCGAUCUAUCCUGGUUUGGAUACUUCACGUCAUCAUCAUCAUCACCAUCAUCAGGUGGUUCGUUCAAAUCCAUCACCAAUGAUACGAGGACCAUCAAGAAACAAUCAGCAUUUAGCCGAACGAGCAGCUCACAUUAGACAACAACGUCGACAUUCUCAUGCAACUACUGGAUCAAUGGGGAAUGCUAUGAUGAUUGGCGUUCCGCUCGUUGCUAAUGGUUUGAUGUGGGGCCUACGACCUGCACCUCAAGGAAAUUUCGCAGGAGGAUUUAGUAAUGUUUUCGGUCAACUGGGUGGUACUAGUGGUUUAGGAGGUGUUGCAACUGGAUUUGGUGACAUUGGUUCUGAUAUAGGUGACAUUGGUUCAGAUUUGGGCGAUAUGGGGUCUGAUAUUGGUGAUAUUGCAGGUGAUUUAUUUGAUAUAGUCAGUGAUAUGUUUUGA